CCAAGAUGCGCACUAGGCGCUACAGCUUGGGAGGAGCUUCGGGAUUUUUCCCCUUGUUUCACACCACUCUGGAGUAAAGACUCGCUUCCAAAAGGAGAUAUAGGGGUAAAGGUGUCAGCACAGCUGCGAUCUGGUUUCAGAUAAAAUGAGCCCACCAGACACAUCCAACAGCACAGGAGAAGGUGAGGCUGAUGAAACGGAUGUCUGGAAGCUACUUAAUGACAGUAUGGGUUUACAUCAACCCGGGUUCCACACUGACAUCACCAAGCACCUUUGGGUCCAGAUCACGCUGAUCACGGCCUAUUCCCUAAUCAUCCUUCUGGGGCUGCUUGGAAAUGCUCUUGUUAUCUACAUGAUCAUCCGCUACAGAAACAUGCGAACAGUAACCAACUUCUUCAUAGCUAACUUGGCUGUGGCAGACCUCCUGGUGGACACCUUCUGCCUCCCUUUCACACUGGUCUACACUCUGCUGGACGAGUGGAAGUUCGGGGCUGUGCUGUGCCACAUGGUUCCUUUUGCUCAGGCCCUAAGUGUGCAUGUAUCCAUCCUGACCCUUACUGUCAUAGCUCUGGAGCGCUACCGAUGCAUUGUCUUCCACCUUGGUCGGCGCCUCACGUGGCACUCCAGCUUCCUCAUUAUGGCAAUGACCUGGACUAUGUCUGCUGUCCUGGCAGCACCCCUGGCCAUCUUCAGAGAGUACCGCACUGAGGAGAUCCUUUCCAUAAACCUGCGCUUUUCCGUCUGCUCUGAGAAGUGGCCUCACGGGACCAGCAGUAUCAUCUACAGUCUUUCAAUGCUCCUUCUACAGUACAUUAUUCCCUUAGCAAUCAUUAGUUAUGCUUACAUUUGCAUCUGGGUCAAGCUGAAGAAUCACGUCAGCCCGUCCAGCCGCAAUGACAGUAUCAACCGUCGCAAAAAGACAACUAAAAUGUUGGCCCUGGUUGUGGUGGUGUUUGCUAUCUGCUGGCUGCCUUUCCAUGUGUUUCAGCUAGCCAGUGAUCUGGACCUGGUCCUCAGGUUUAAGGAGUACAAACUGAUAUACACAGUGUUUCACAUUGUAGCUAUGUGUUCAACUUUUACCAACCCCCUGCUGUAUGGGUGGAUGAAUAAAAACUACAGGAACGGCUUCCUUAUGGUCUUCCGAUGUGAAGAUAAACCAGAUUCUUUUCAUCCUGAGGGCUCCUUCAGGACACGAUCUAUAAGACGACUAACUUUGAAUGGUCGAAACGGUGGUCACCCACCGACUGCUGUUUGAUACAAUGUGAAAGUUAUAAAGCCUUGUAGAAUAUAUCAGAUACUCAAUUCACACACCUCUGGUUUGUGGUGCCUGUGGUUCAAAAGAAGCCUUUUGACCUGAAUGGUCUGGUUAUGUUGAUGAUAAGGGGCUCAAAGCUUUGCAUGCAACAUGCUUUAUGUAAAGCUCUUCUAUCCUUUGUAAGUUGUACUAGUGAAAAUACAUUGGUCAAAUCUGUAUGUGUUUAAAAUGUUUAGGAUGUUAAUUAUCUUAGUAUAUAAUGUGUUUCCUGUAAAUGCAAAACUCUUGUUUGUAAGUAAUGUCCAAUAAUUAUACAGUGCACUACAGUCCUUUACCUAUCUGAUGCUGUUAAUGUGUUUAUACUCACUAAAGAGAAGAAGUUGACUAUUGUAACUAUCAGGACAAGUUUAAUUUUCACACUUGUUUUUUAU